CGGGCUCCGGGCCUGCCCCGCUCCGCGCCCCGGCCGCCGCGCCCCGCGUCCGCGCCGGCAUGGUGAACCUGGCGGCCAUGGUGUGGCGCCGGCUCCUCCGGAAGAGGUGGGUGCUCGCCCUGGUCUUCGGGCUGUCGCUCGUCUACUUCCUCAGCAGCACCUUCAAGCAGGAGGAAAGAGCAGUGAGAGAUCGGAAUCUCCUCCAGGUUCAAGACCACGACCAGCCCAUUCCGUGGAAGGUGCAAUUUCACCUGGGGAACAGCAGUCGGCCUGGCAACCAGUGCCGGAACUCCAUUCAAGGGAAGCACCUCAUCACGGAUGAGCUAGGAUACAUUUGUGAAAGGAAGGAUUUGCUGGUGAACGGCUGCUGUAAUGUCAACGUCCCCGGCACGAAGCAGUACCGCUGUGAUGGCUGCUUGCCCCAUGGCUGCUGUGGUGCCUAUGAGUACUGUGUGUCCUGCUGCCUGCAGCCCAGCAAGCAACUUCUCCUGGAGCGCUUCCUCAACCGCGCAGCCGUGGCAUUCCAGAACCUCUUCAUGGCCGUCGAAGAUCACUUUGAAUUGUGUCUGGCCAAAUGCAGGACCUCAUCCCAGAGCGUGCAGCAUGAGAACACCUAUAGGGACCCCAUAGCCAAGUACUGCUAUGGAGAAAGCCCUCCUGAGCUCUUCCCCGCGUGACAGGCACAGCAGACAACACACGAGCCACCAGGUGCCACAGGAGAACUUGUGGCCUGAAGCUACCCUCCAGCGUUCUCUAGUCCGCGUAGAAGAAGAGAGGCAUCGCAUGGAAGCCUUGGUUUUGACCGCCUCUUGUGCUAUACUCUUUGGCCUCAGUCACCACUGGGCUCUACCCUGUGGAACUAUUCUGUGAAGCAGCUUGAAAACACCAGUGCAUCACAUUCAAGAAUAAACUACAGGCGAGCCUGCGGAGGUGCUGGUGCUCUGGGGCACUUCUACUGUUGCAGACUCCUCGAGCCCUUCACUGUAAAUUUAUUUAUUGGACUUCUUUGGAGUAGUGGGAACAUGAUAAUGGUUUAUAUAGGAAGAUAUCUUGCCUUAAUAGUCAAAUAUAUUCAAGGAAGUUGUUGUUGUUUUCUUGUGUCCCUGGGUUUCCUGAGUGAAGUCAUCCCUUUACCCUGAUAAAAUGUUUGGCCUCUUUGAACAUGCAUGUUCUCCCAAGGUAGUUGUUUGGGUUUUGUUUUAAAAGCUCCUUCAGGAGUGGGCCCUGGACACUAUAUUCUGACAUCUAAAAUUGUCAACAACUCAAAGAUACUAUUCCGUUCCGGCCCUCUACCAGCCCCCUUGCAGGUGGCACCAGCUGCCCACAGGUUUUCUCAUCAUGGUUUUGAAUGUGUUUGCAUUACCUGCAUGUGCGCAUCCUCUGAACCAGAAAUUCCAACUCCCUGUUCCGGAGGAUUUUCUCAUUUCCAAUGCCACUGUUGAAAUGAUUGUGGUCUGCUCAGCCAUGGUACCUGGGAGCCUCCUCCCUUCUCCUGUCAUGGAAACCUGCUGUUAUGGCAAUUCCUAGGUGAAGAGACACCUAAUAACUGGCUGUAGGCAGUCAUCCUUCAUUGCUUUCAGCAUUGGGACAUAUAACAGGUUCAGACCUUCAGUUUCCUUACGACCUUUGAAGAAGAAGGCCCAAGUUUCUGUCAAGGUGCUGCUGUAAGUGAGUCACUCCUACCCUCAGUGGGGCGAGCCCGUGAACACUGGGCAUGCCAGUUGUUGGGUCCACGUGCUCAACAUCGAAUCUCUCAGGCUCAAGGUCAAGAGUAUUUGGUCCUCUGAUCAAGACAUUCUGCCCCUCAAGUACUAUGGCUCUUUGCUCUCAGGAGACAUGGACACACAGCUCUUUUCUGGAGCAAGCCCCUUACUAAUCCUGGGAUCAGGCCAGGUCUUUUUCAUUUUUUGAUUGUUCAAGCUGUUGACCUUGGAGCCAGGUACCAGUUUUACAAUCCACUUUUGACAUUUUUUUUCAGUAGGGUUUUUCUUUGGACCAUGUUUGCCUUCCAGUAUGUUUCUGCAGUAUGUAGCAGUAAUUCCCCAUGAUUUUCUCCUAUUACUUGUUAAACCUUUCUUCCCAAAGGGGUUUGUCCUCCUUAAAUAAGCCAUCUCCGAGGGCUUUGUGGCAGUUGUUUUUUUUACUAUUUUUUCCCCAAAAAAUCUAUGUAGUUUGCAUUGGACUUUUUGGAUUCUAUGUGCAUUCAUGGUGCUAAAUCAAACUUUGUAUGUGAAAGAAAUGUCCGUGUCUGGAUGUUUUACCAUCUCAUUCUUUUUUGGUAAUUCGAGUCUGGUAUGUGUUUGUCUCAUGUGAGUUGUCACUGGUAUCAGCCUCUCCUUGGAGCUUAUUUGAACUUUUGAGCAAUGUAACAGAUUUAAUGUGAAAAUGGCUUUAUAUCAAAGACUAA